UUCUCAAGACUCUUUUUAAGGUAGCACUUGCACUCCACAAACUUAUUGGAGCAGACAAGAACUUAAGUCUAUAGCCAUGGCAAUAGUAAUCAAAGUGGCGGCUCUCUCUGGUUCCCUUAGAAAAGCUUCAUACCACUCAGGCCUUAUCCGAACUGCAAUUGAACUGAGCAAAGGGGAAAUUGAAGGAAUUGAAAUUGAGUUCAUUGAAAUUUCGGAGCUUCCCAUGUUGAACACUGAUCUUGAGAUCAAUGGGACCUACCCACCAAUAGUUGAAGCUUUUCGUCAAAAGAUUCUUCAAGCUGAUAGUAUUCUCUUUGCUUCUCCUGAAUAUAAUUACUCUGUCACAGCUCUACUAAAGAAUGCAAUUGAUUGGGCCUCUAGGCCCCCAAAUGUUUGGGCUGGCAAAGCUGCUUCAAUUGUAAGUGCCGGUGGGGACUUUGGUGGGGGAAGGUCACACUAUCAUCUUCGCCAAAUUGGAGUGUACAUUGAUCUUCGUUUCAUCAAUAAACCAGAAUUCUUCCUUCUUGCAUUCAAACCACCACCAAAAUUCAAUGAUGAUGGUGACUUAAUUGAUGAAGAGGCCAAGGAUAAGUUGAAGCAAGUUCUUCUGUCCUUGCGUGCAUUUACUCUAAGACUUCAAGGCAAAAACUAAGCUUGAAGUUACUUUAAUUCCACGAAUUAUUGUUGAAAUAAGCUGAGGAUUUAGAAAUAAACCAAUGUUAUUCUGAACGUGCAUGAUGCCACUAUGUAUAAGGAUGGUUUUUAAAGGUCGAAAAUGUGUUAGUUCUCUACUUCUCUAA